AUGGUAGAUUUCAAACCCGUUUCUAAUCUUAAAUAUUGGCUAGCCUCAAAGAUCACCAAUCGCCUGAAGGAGGCCUUGGGUUUUGGGGCCAUGAAAGACUGUCUAAUCGGCGCAGCCCCUGUCACGGAGGGAUUACUGCGUUUCUUUUUAAGCCUAGAUAUGCCGUUGACCAAUGUUUUCGGCAUGUCUGAGACAAGUGGGGGUAUUAUCUUCAAUUUUGAGAAGAUAAAUUUGACAGCUACCGGGAGACCUAUUGAUGGGGUGGAGGUUACGAUAAAGGAUCCAAGUGGUGAUAAUGGCGAAGGAGAGCUCCUUGUCCGUGGUCGAACCAAUUUCAUGGGUUACCUCAAGCAACCGGAAAAGACCAGGGACACAAUUACCGAAGAUGGUUGGAUUAUGACUGGAGAUGUGGCCUAUUUGGAUGACCAGGGUUAUGUUUAUGUAAAUGGUCGCAUCAAGGAACUCAUCAUUACGGCCGGAGGGGAAAAUAUACCACCUUUGCAUAUUGAGACAAUUAUUAAAAAGGAGUUGCCAUGUCUCAGCAAUGUCAUGGUCAUUGGGGAUCAUAGAAAAUAUUUGACAUCAUUACUGACAUUUAAGACCGACAUGGAUCCCCACACAGGAUAUCCCAAAGAUACCCUCUUACCCGAAACCAAAGAAUGGUUGGCCCCAUUGGAUUUGCACUACAGCCAUCUCUCGGAAAUGCUGCACAUCGAAAUACCCAAAAAUUUGCAAGACUUUGAUCCCAACUCCGUGGAGGUUCAGCUUGAUAAUAAAAUCCAUGUGACUUUGGAAUCGGCCAUACAGCGCUAUAACGACCAGGCCAUAUCCAAUGCCCAAAAGAUUCAAUAUUUUAGCGUGUUGCCGCAUGAUUUUUCAAUACCCACUGGGGAAUUGGGUCCCACAUUGAAAAUUCGCCGCAACAUUGUACACACCAAAUACGCCAAGAUCAUUGACAGAAUGUACGACAUGCGAUAA